AUGACGCUCCAGUUGAAAUCUCUUCCGAAGCUGCUACCACUUCUUCAGCAGCCUCAUCGAAACCUCAACAUGCGUCGUCCACGACUCCCACUCCUACCCCAACUGCUGCGUGUUUUCAAAAGCUGCCACCGUCACCGGAACCAUAGUCGAAACAUCUUGCAGCUUCCGCUGGAGAUUCUUCUUCUCAUCACCGAGAAGUUAGCUCUGCACGAUAUGUUUCUUCUUUCGCAUACCUGCAGAGCGUUUCGGCACGUUACAGUUCAAGAUUGGCGCGCUGCCGUCCGACGUCUCUCCUUCCGGGAUAGGAUCGACUUCUGGGCAGGGCUGGCUUACACUUUGCCCGGUUUCUGGGUCUGUUCAAAAUGUUGCAAACUCCACCCUAUUCACACCUCGGACUUCCCAAUGUGCUUGAGAAGCUCGCGGGGGCAAUGGUUUCCUUGCGCGGUUGACUAUUCCCAAAGAUAUGGCGGGGAUUACUUUCAGGUUCAACACCAUCACAUACAGCUUGCGUUGAAGCUAUCUCGCCGGGGGAACAUGCAUCAGAAAUACCUCGCGGGACUGAUGAGCACAUGCAUAUAUCCGACGCACUAUCUGAAGCGGUUCAAACAGUCCUACGAGGCGGAGCCAAGGAUCAUUAACGGACAGUUUCUGUUACGCGAGACGUGGAAUCUCAGCAGCGUGACAAGUACAUGUUCGCCGCUGUUUUCCGAAGGGUCAGUGUUUCGUCUCCGAGUCUGCUCGCACCUGCAGCUCUUUUACAGCAAUCUUGAGAGAUCCCGCAAUCUGAAGAGGUUGAUUCUCAGUGCGAGGGCACAAGUUGCCAAUCUCACGCAGCGCGAGCUCAUGGCCAUCUCCAGGGAGGCCACUCUGGUCGAAGAUGAGAUUGAGUUGGCUCUCGAAUCCCCGGGUUGGUGGAGAUACAAUUCUUGCAUGCGCUGUCACACCGAUUUCGGCGUCAUGAUUACCCCAGGCAAGAGAAUCGCGACAAUCCAGGCCUGGCAUAAUUUUGGCGUGGAAGGGUCGCCGAUGGAUGCAACUUGGAGGGCACAUGCGGACGAUGCGCACUAUACGACCUUUGAGUGCUUUUUUCGCAAUGCGCACCUGCAUCAUCGACAUGGUAGUGUUCGGGAGUUAUACUAUGAGAGCACCCCUAGAGCUACAUAG